AUGUCUUCUAACGCAUCUCAACUAGAGAAGGAGUCACAUUCGACGGUGGCCCUCAGAGACUCUCAGAACAGCGACCAGCAAGAAAGCGAGACUCAAUACCCCGGCCCACUCAAGCUGACACUCAUCAUCAUAAGCCUGAAUCUUGCCAUGUUCCUUGUGGGACUCGACAACACCAUCAUUUCGAGCGCCAUCCCGAAGAUUACUGACCAAUUCCACGCUCUUGGUGACGUUGGCUGGUAUGCUAGCGCCUACCUCCUCACAAACUGCUCCUUCCAACUGAUAUGGGGGAAGCUAUUCACCUUCUACGUGGUGAAACGGGUUUACCUCACGGCGCUCUUCAUCUUUGAACUGGGGUCUCUGAUCUGCGCCGUGGCCCCGAGUUCAACGGCUCUGAUUGUCGGCCGUGCCAUUGCAGGCGUCGGCGGUGGUGGUGUCGGCAACGGUUCCUUUCUGCUCAUCGCUCACUGUGUGCCGCCACGCCAACGUCCGGCUUUCAUUGGCAUGAUGGGCUCCAUGUAUGGCAUUGCGUCCAUCGCGGGUCCUCUGAUGGGAGGUGCCUUCACGGACAAUAUCUCCUGGAGGUGGUGUUUCUAUAUCAACCUGCCUCUUGGUGUACUUCCCGCUGUCAUAAUUACCUUUUUUAUCGCCCCAUUCCGCGGCAGUAAGAAGGGCGAGGUCGGCUUCCUGAACCAGCUCAAACAGAUGGAUCUUCCAGGAACCGCGUGUCUUUUGCCUGGGGUCAUUUGUCUGCUGCUCGCCCUUCAGUGGGGCGGCUCCACCUACUCCUGGAAGAAUGGCCGCAUCAUCGCUCUGUUUGUGCUUGCCGGUCUUCUCUUUAUCGCUUUUAUUGUCAUUCAGUAUAUCAGCGGAGACCGCGCGACAGUCCCAGGUCGUGUCUUUAACAACCGAAAUAUCUGGGGCUCCGCUCUGUUUGGCUCCUGUGUGACCGCCGGCUUCUUCCUAUUGCUUUACUAUAUCCCAAUCUGGCUACAAGCCGUCAAAGGCGCCAGCGCAAUCAAAUCCGGAAUCAUGAAUCUCCCCAUGCUCCUAGGCAGCGUCAUAUUCUCCCUACUAGGCGGCGCCCUCACCUCCAUAAUCGGCUACUACAUGCCCUUCGCCUACCUCACCGUGAUCCUGAUGUCCAUCGGCAGCGGACUCCUCUCCACCUUGCAAGUCGACUCCGGCCACGCCAAAUGGAUCGGCUACCAGUUCCUCGUCGGCGCGGGAGUGGGCAGCGGCCUGCAGACGGCGUUUGCUGCCCCUCAAUGUGUGCUACCCCUCGAAGACAUUCCGAUCGGUACCGCCGUCGUCAUCUUCACGGAAAACCUCUCCGCCGCCGUCUUCGUCUCGGUCGCCCAGAACGUGUUCUCCAACCAGCUGAGAACUAACCUGGCCACGUACGUGCCUGAGGCUGACGCGCGUGCCAUCUUGUCUGGUGGUGCUACUGAUAUAAAGAAUUUUGUGCCGCAGGAGCUCUAUCAGGGUGUUCUGUUUGCUUAUAAUAAGGCCUUGGAUCAGACAUUUUAUGUUGGGGUUGCCCUGUCUUGUUGUGCGAUUUUGGGAACUCUUGGUAUGCAGUGGGUGUCGGUUAAGAAGAAGGAUGAUGCACCAUCUAACUAG